GAAUUUGGAACUAUCGUUUUGACUCAAAACUGAAACACUGGUCUCACACGGCCUGCCAUGGCGACGACCUAAAUAAAGCAAAAGCCAUUUUUUCCCAACAACGCACGCUCAUUGUAAUCAAACCGCUCAAUACCAUUCUGGCAAAUGGCAAUUGGUAUUAAAUCUCCCAAUCUCUCCUCAACCCUUUUCCCAUCCAAAAAACAAAGGAAAAAACCGAAAAAGAACUUCACAAAUCUCCUCAUCUUCUUCCUCCGCUCCGGUCGGAUCCAUGGUGUUUCAGCCGUAAUUAGCAAUGCUUCAUGGUUGAUCUGAUCUGGGUCGGUGAUGAAUCUCAGGAAAAAAGACAUGGAGUUUGAAAGAAUUCGAGAGUUGUUGCUUAUUUGGUGUGGAAUUCGAAGCCUCCGAGUAGCCCUCGUGGGUGGAAAUCAUACCGCUGCCAGGUUUUGCUCUCGCUAGAACCCCUUUUUUCACUUCUUUUACAACCCCACCUGAAAUUUCCCCUUCUUGUCGAUCUCAUCUUCAACUUUUAGCAUCUGGGUAUUUCCCCAAACUUUCAUACCCAUUCUAAUUCACCAACGAUUCCACAUUCUCCGAGGAAUUAGGCGUCGGAAUCAUGGAUUUUGUUUGUUUCAAUCGACCCAAUAGCAAAGCAUUUGACAUUGUCAGCUGGAAUUCUAAGACCCAUUUGGUUAUAAAGUUUCCUAAUACUCAAAUUCUUCGUGUGAUUUCUUAUUCGUUGUUUUUUGCUAUGGCUAUUCUCACGUUUCCCUAUAUUGUGUCCAUUCUUGGGCAAGAAAGUGGGUCAGAGUUUUUUUCUGUGUCAGAUAUGAUUGAUUCUGAGCAAUUGGAUUUGUUUUUUCGUGAUUUGGGUCACGAAGGCUUGACCAUUAACGGCCAUAAGGCUCUCAUUUUGAGCUCUGCUGAAACUAAAGGCUUGAUUCAGAUUCGUGUGUUGGAUGGUGAUGAACACAAACUUAAUAUAGUUGUGGACUCUGAUUUUGAUAGGAGUGGGUUGUUUUCUGAUGAUUCUUUUGAUUUUGUGUUAUCUUCGGGCCUUGUGGACUCUGAUUUCAUUGAUAGAAUUUUGAAAAUCGGUGGCAUUGUGGCUUUUCCACUCAAUAACAAUGACCCAUCAAAUCAUUUUCAAAAGAAACCAAAUUACAGGCCUGUGUUUCUCAAUAGAUACAGCUCCAUCAUUGUGGUGAUGGAGAAAACAGCCAUGGCUGAUCAACUGGUUUAUGCUUCAAGUUCAAGAAGACGUCUCUUUCAAUUCUCAUUGCCAACUAGAAAUGCAGCUUUGAGAGACCUUGAGGAUGUUCUACUUGAGCCACCAAUUAAGGACGUGGCCAAACCAAACAAACUUGGGAGAAAAGUCAAGUACCUUCCCGACCUUGUAGAUAAAGCAUCGUCACGGUUGGCCAGCAUGAAUGGUGUAAGUCCAACAUUUUGAUCAGAACAACCCAAGAAACGAUCGAGAGUUUGAGGUUCCCAAAAUUGACUUGAAACCUGGGAAGCUUAUGGAAAUGUGGACAAUGUAUUUGGUGGAUGUAAUUGUUCUUGGAGUGCUGGUUAUUGGGAAGAUGGAGGUGAGAAGAAGAUCUAGAGAGCUUAUUGGGAAUGGUUGUCUCUGUAUGCGAAGUUUGAAAGAUGAGGGAAUUGCAAUGCAUCAAUGGUGGGGUUAAGAGAGAGUUGUUCCUUCUGUGGUUGAUUUGAUGUAACGUGGUAGCAAAGCUAGUGCUAGCUUGAAGUUUCAGAAGUUCUGUCAUGAUGGAUGUUUCCUGUUUGUUUUUGUUUUGUGUGUGAUUUAUUUGGCUUGUAAAAGAGGUGGUUUUUAGGAAUAUUAGAAUGAAAUUCUCAUUGCUUUUUAGAAAUUUGAAGUUCUUCUCAACUUGAAUC